UUGAGUGCCGCACAACGUUCUAUGAAAACGAAAGAAAAAUGGCUUCCAUCAAAACGAUUCCCCUGCUUAUACUAAUUGUAAGUUUGGUUCAGUUGGUCAUGGCACAAACAACCACAACCACACUAAAACCGCUUGUCCAAACGUCUAACCAAGCGGAAGGAAUUGGUUAUGAAGUUCUACACUCCAAACUGGACUAUCUGGAGUACAAAUUUAUGGAGCUGGAAUUUGACAUCAAAGAACAGAAUGAUUUGAUGGCCAGGAAUCAGGGUCAGCUGGAGAAAACCAACGAAGGCAUGAUGUGGAUGCUGACGAGGUUGGAUGAGGCCAUUGGACGAAAUUUUACCUCUGUUCUGGGACAAUCGUGGAAAAUCUUGCAGCAGCAGAAGAGCUGCACUAAUCAUGAAAAUUUACGCAAAGCCAUCUUCAAUCUGAAACCGAUCAAAGGUCCAUCCGAUAACGUGCGAAUGUUGUUCGAUCUGCAUCAGUUCAAGACCCGAGGGCCGUACGAUUCGUGUAAGUCGGAACCGAGUAAGACCUCCGGGAAAUAUCUGCUCCAACCGUUCCCGGGAGAAGAACCGUUUGUGGGUUACUGUGAGCAGACCAAGUUCGGAGGAGGUUGGCUGGUGAUUCAGCAUCGAUUUGACGGAUCGGUGGAGUUUUAUCGCAACUGGACCGAGUACACGGAGGGAUUCGGAGAAGUUGAUAAGGAAUUUUGGAUUGGAUUGGAACUUUUGCAUAAGUUGACAUCGUCAAAAACCUAUCAGGUGCUGAUCGAACUGGAAGACUACGCCGGAGAUUACAAGUACGCAAAAUAUGCUGACUUCGAGAUCGGUAAUCGGGAGGAAAAGUACGCAUUGAAGAAAGUUGGAACAUUCUCCGGAACUGCCGGAGAUUCACUCACGUAUCACAAGGGAAUGAAGUUCACGACUAUGGACAACGAUAACGAUGCAAAUGCUGCAAAUUGUGCCGAAUCCAGUUCCGGUGCGUGGUGGUACAACAACUGCCAUCACAGCAAUCUAAACGGAAAGUAUAUGAACGCGAAUGAUGUAAGAUCUAUGACAUGGUAUCACUUCAAGAGCGCACACUACGGACUUAAAUAUGCUCGCAUGUUGAUUCGAGAGGUGUAGAAAAACUUCAAAGAUGAUCAACAAAUCAACAAACUGCUUUCAACUCGUAUAUGUAUUUCAUAUAUCUAAAAUAAAACUGAUUCCAUCCUAGGACCAAGAAAA